UGAACCUUGUUUAUUAAGAAGUCUAUAAGCAGUGCUUUGUAUUCAGCCAGUGUGUGUUUCGGACAGAUGGAUCCAGUAAUGGGAACCCACCAGAGAGAUAUCUCCAUCAUCAAUAUUUAAGGGAUUCUACACAGGAGGAUCACACCAUCCCUCACCAUCAUCAGAGGGAGGAAGUGAUUGAUAUGAAAAUCGAAGUUAAAGAGGAAGAAGAGAUGUAUGUGAUAGAUGAUCAGCUGUCUAUGAAGGAAGCUGAAAUGAAGCUGACAAUAACAAAGGAGGAAUCUAGUCUAGAUAUUAGCACAGGAGAAUCCAGUGGCUGGAAUACCCCAGAGGAACAUCUCAUUUUAUCUGCACAUUUUAACAAAGACAAUAAUGACAUGGUCCAGUAUUCUCCAGGAGUAAGCAUCGUUACCCAAAAUAUACAACACAAACUUAAUCACAUGGUAAGAUCAAUAGAUCGGUUCGAGGAGUCCAAAGAUAAGUCAAAUUCUAUUAUCCCAAAUGUCCAACCAAACUUUCACAGUGCAGAUAAAUCACCAAAUCCUUCUAGUUCUGAGGGAUCAUCUCCCAAUUUUUUGUAUCCUUUUCAGGAUUGUGAACAAUCAUUCAUAAAAAAACACGAUCCAGUUGUAAAUCAGAAAACUGACAACAGUGAAAAACCUUUUUCGUGUUCUGAGUGUGAUAAAUCCUUCAUAAAGAAAUCCAAUCUCCUAGAACACCAGAGAAUCCACACCGGAGAAAGGCCCUUCUUGUGUACUGAAUGCGGAAAGUCAUUCAUGCUGAAAACGCGACUGAAAUCACACCAGAGAGUCCACACCGGUGAAAAGCCCUUUUCCUGCUCCGAGUGUGGAAAGGGCUUCUCCAGUAAAGGAAACCGAGAUAACCACAUGAGAAUGCACACCGGUGAGAAGCCGUUUUCCUGUCCGGAAUGCGGCAGCUGUUUUGCACAAAAAGUGACACUAAUUCUACACCAGAGAACACACACCGCCCAAGGCGACUCUCUUGAUCAGCAUGCGGAUCCUCAUGAAAAUAAGGCUUCACCGUCAUGUUCUGAGUGUGGCAAGUCAUUUGAGAAUAAAUCUGAACAACACGUCCAUCAGAAGGGUCCCACCAGUAAGGAGACCUUCCCUUGUCCUGACUGCGAAAAAUCAUUCAAAAGAAAAUGUGAUCUGAUUGCACACCAGAAAAUUCACACCGGAGAACCGCCUUUUUCGUGUUGUCAGAAGUCCUUUAAAGACAGUUGGGAACUAGUUCGACAUCAGAGGAUCCACACCGGGGAAAAGCCCUUCUCAUGUUCUGCGUGUGGAAAAUCUUUCGCUCAGAAGUCGCAACUAAAUGCCCACCGGAUUGUCCACACCGGCGAGAAGCCCUUCUCCUGUUCUGAGUGCGGCAAAUGCUUCCCCAGUAAAGGAAACCGUGAUAAACACAUGAGAAUCCACACCGGCGAGAAGCCAUUUUCCUGUUCAGAUUGCGGCAAGUGUUUUGCACAGAAAGUGACUCUAAUUCUCCACCAGAGAACACACACCACUGAAGACCACCGAGAAAUUGAUGGCGGAGGUUCUUAGGCUGAAUCUGUUUUGCCGCGUACAUGCGAUCGAAAAUUCCGACAAAAGUCCGAUGUGAGCUUUUUGUCGGAAAUUUCGACCAUGUGUAGGCUUCUUCGGACUU